UGAACCAGAACUCUGCUCCUUCCUCGACACCAAGAAGAUCACCCCAGACUCCUACGCUAUACACUGGGUAUGUCUAUCUAACCCCUAACCCCAGACUCCUCCACUAUACCCUGGGUAUGUCUAUCUAACCCCUAACCCCAGACUCCUCCACUAUACCCUGGGUAUGUCUAUCUAACCCCUAACCCCAGACUCCUCCACUAUACCCUGGGUAUGUCUAUCUAACCCCUAACCCCAGACUCCUCCACUAUACACUGGGAUAUGUCAAUACAGCCUAUAAGGUUUUAAAUGUUCCAUUGCAGUGGGAUGGUGGAUUGUGACUGGUAUGUUGUGUGUCCUACAGCUUGGCAGUCUGUUCUCCAGUCACUGCCUUCCAGAGGUGACUCAGGCCAUGUGGGACUUCUACCUCCAACAGGCUGACCCCUUCCUCAUCUUCUUCCUCCUACUCAUCAUCCUCGUCAACGCCAAGUACUCACUAUUACAACAUAUUACUAAUACAACCCAGAUUACAACACAUAGCUACCGCAAACUAAUAUCACAAACUGAUCAAUACAAGGUCUUCAGUGCUCUUAUAUUACAUUAUGGGGUGUGAAAUGUGCUUCUUUGAAAAUCUGGCUGUUUUUACCGCUGUUUGUUCCCCCUCUAGAGAUAACAUCCUGUUUGUUCCCCCUCUAGAGAUAACAUCCUGUUUGUUCCCCGUAGAGAUAACAUCCUGUUUGUUCCCCCGUAGAGAUAACAUCCUGUUUGUUCCCCCUCUAGAGAUAACAUCCAGUUUGUUCCCCUUUAAGGAUAACAUUCCUGUUUGUUCCCCCGUAGAGAUAACAUCCUGUUUGUUCCCCUCUAGAGAUAACAUCCUGUUUGUUCCCCCUCUAGAGAUAACAUCCUGUUUGUUCCCCCUCUAGAGAUAACAUCCUGUUUGUUCCCCCUCUAGAGAUAACAUCCUGUUUGUUCCCCCUCUAGAGAUAACAUCCUGUUUGUUCCCCCGUAGAGAUAACAUCCUGUUUGUUCCCCCCGUAGAGAUAACAUCCUGUUUGUUCCCCCUCUAGAGAUAACAUCCUGUUUGUUCCCCUCUAGAGAUAACAUCCUGUUUGUUCCCCCUCUAGAGAUAACAUCCUGUUUGUUCCCCCCGUAGAGAUAACAUCCUGUUUGUUCCCCCCGUAGAGAUAACAUCCUGUUUGUUCCCCCCUAGAGAUAACAUCCUGUUUGUUCCCCCUCUAGAGAUAACAUCCUGUUUGUUCCCCCUCUAGAGAUAACAUCCUGUUUGUUCCCCCUCUAGAGAUAACAUCCUGUUUGUUCCCCCUCUAGAGAUAACAUCCUGUUUGUUCCCCCUCUAGAGAUAACAUCCUGUUUGUUCCCCCCGUAGAGAUAACUCCUGUUUGUUCCCCUCGUAGAGAUAACAUCCUGUUUGUUCCCCCCUAGAGAUAACAUCCUGUUUGUUCCCCCUCUAGAGAUAACAUCCUGUUUGUUCCCCCUCUAGAGAUAACAUCCUGUUUGUUCCCCCCGUAGAGAUAACAUCCUGUUUGUUCCCCCCGUAGAGAUAACAUCCUGUUUGUUCCCCUCUAGAGAUAACAUCUGUUUGUUCCCCCCUAGAGAUAACAUCCUGUUUGUCCCCCGUAGAGAUAACAUCCUGUUUGUUCCCCCGUAGAGAUAACAUCCUGUUUGUUCCCCCUCGUAGAGAUAACAUCCUGUUUGUUCCCCCUCUAGAGAUAACAUCCUGUUUGUUCCCCCUUAGAGAUAACAUCCUGUUUGUUCCCCUCUAGAGAUAACAUCCUGUUUGUUCCCCUCUAGAGAUAACAUCCUGUUUGUUCCCCUCUAGAGAUAACAUCCUGUUUGUUCCCCCUCUAGAGAUAACAUCCUGUUUGUUCCCCCCUAGAGAUAACAUCCUGUUUGUUCCCCCCGUAGAGAUAACAUCCUGUUUGUUCCCCCUCUAGAGAUAACAUCCUGUUUGUUCCCCCUCUAGAGAUAACAUCCUGUUUGUUCCCCCUCUAGAGAUAACAUCCUGUUUGUUCCCCCCGUAGAGAUAACAUCCUGUUUGUUCCCCCCGUAGAGAUAACAUCCUGUUUGUUCCCCCUCUAGAGAUAACAUCCUGUUUGUUCCCCCCGUAGAGAUAACAUCCUGUUUGUUCCCCCCGUAGAGAUAACAUCCUGUUUGUUCCCCCGUAGAGAUAACAUCCUGUUUGUUCCCCCUCUAGAGAUAACAUCCUGUUUGUUCCCCCUCUAGAGAUAACAUCCUGUUUGUUCCCCCCUAGAGAUAACAUCCUGUUUGUUCCCCCCGUAGAGAUAACAUCCUGUUUGUUCCUCUUAGAGAUAACAUCCUGUUUGUUCCCCCUCUAGAGAUAACAUCCUGUUUGUUCCCCCCGUAGAGAUAACAUCCUGUUUGUUCCCUCUGUAGAGAUAACAUCCUGUUUGUUCCCCCUCUAGAGAUAACAUCCUGUGUUCCCCCCGUAGAGAUAACAUCUGUUUGUUCCCACCCGUAGAGAUAACAUCCUGUUUGUUCCCCCUCUAGAGAUAACAUCCUGUUUGUUCCCCCCCCGUAGUAGAAACAUCCUGUUUUGUUCCCUCUGUAGAGAUAACAUCCUGUUUGUUUCCCCCCGUAGAGAUAACAUCCUGUUGUUCCCCCCGUAGAGAUAACAUCCUGUUUGUUCCCCCCGUAGAGAUAAUAUCCGUUUUGUCCCCCCUCUAGAGAUAACAUCCUGUUUGUUCCCCCUCUAGAGAUAACAUCCUGUUUGUUCCCCCUCUAGAGAUAACAUCCUGUUUGUUCCCCCUCUAGAGAUAACAUUCUGCAACGGGAAGGAGACCGUAAAGAAGAUAUCAUCAGUAAGUGAUCUGUUUCUGGAUUCAGCUUCUAGACUGCUGUGUAUUGAAUGCAGGACUGUAACCUGUGUGUGUGUUGCAGAGAUGUUGGAGGACUCUCCUACCCUGUUAGAGGCUGAUGAUGUAGAGGACCUGUUCUCUCUGGCCCAGUAUUACUGGAGCAAGACCCCUCUGUCUCUCAGAAAGGUAAAGUACUGUUAUGGAGCCCUGUUCAAUAUAACUAACACGGAGCCCUGUUCAAUAUAACUAACAUGGAGCCCUGUUCAAUAUAACUAACACGGAGCCCUGUUCAAUAUAACUAACACGGAGCCCUGUUCAAUAUAACUAACACGGAGCCCUGUUCAAUAUAACUAACAUGGAGCCCUGUUCAAUAUAACUAACAUGGAGCCCUGUUCAAUAUAACUAACAUGGAGCCCUGUUCAAUAUAACUAACAUGGAGCCCUGUUCAAUAUAACUAACAUGGAGCCCUGUUCAAUAUAACUAACAUGGAGCCCUGUUCAAUAUAACUAACAUGGAGCCCUGUUCAAUAUAACUAAAGUUGCUACAUGCCCAUGCAGUGAUUGACAGUGUUGUGAGGGACGAAUAAGCUAUGAAAAUGUCAUUCUUGGAGAACACCUUUAAAUUAAGCUGAAAUGUGACUGUAUUAAGCAGACUUUGUGAGUGUAGGAGAACCAGACUCUGUGAGUGUAGGAGAACCAGACUCUGUGAGUGUAGGAGAACCAGACUCUGUGAGUGUAGGAGAACCAGACUCUGUGAGUGUAGGAGAACCAGACUCUGUGAGUGUAGGAGAACCAGACUCUGUGAGUGUAGGAGAACCAGACUCUGUGAGUGUAGGAGAACCAGACUCUGUGAGUGUAGGAGAACCAGACUCUGUGAGUGUAGGAGAACCAGACUCUGUGAGUGUAGGAGAACCAGACUCUCUGAGUGUAGGAGAACCAGACUCUGUGAGUGUAGGAGAACCAGACUCUGUGAGUGUAGGAGAACCAGACUCUUUGAGUGUAGGAGAACCAGACUCUGUGAGUGUAGGAGAACCAGACUCUACCGUAGGAGAACCAGACUCUGUGACCGUAGGAGAACCAGACUCUGUGAGUGUAGGAGAACCAGACUCUGUGACCGUAGGAGAACCAGACUCUGUGACCGUAGGAGAACCAGACUCUGUGAGUGUAGGAGAACCAGACUCUGUGAGUGUAGGAGAACCAGACUCUGUGAGUGUAGGAGAACCAGACUCUGUGAGUGUAGGAGAACCAGACUCUGUGAGUGUAGGAGAACCAGACUCUGUGAGUGUAGGAGAACCAGACUCUGUGACUGUAGGAGAACCAGACUCUGUGACCGUAGGAGAACCAGACUCUGUUACUCUCUUUCUGUAGGAGAACCAGAACUUGUUUGGGUCCAGCCUGGUGGCUCUGAAGGAGGAAGACAUGGAUCUGAGUCAGGCUCUGUGUCUCCCUGUGUCUGUCCCUGAGAUACUGCAGGCCAACCAGCUGCAGCCUGUGAGUAGCAGCACCCCUGAGGUGCUGUCAAAAAGCAUUUCAGUUGGUCUGAAAAUGUUAGUGAAACAUCAAAUGGCUAAUUACUGUAAGGAUUAAUGUAGCAAUAACCAAACUGCAAAUUACUUUGAUAUUUCUACUACAUGUCUCUAUCGGCCUGACCCAGGAAGGGGUUCGGUUCUUUGUGGUGGACUGUCGACCUGCUGAGCAGUACAACGCUGGACAUCUCUCUACUGCCUUUCACCUGGACUCAGACCUGGUGAGACCUGGGAGGGGGUGUGGUUGAGGGGCUGGGGGGGGUGGAGAGGAGACUGUAGAGGAGAAUAUGGAGGGGAGAAUAUGGAGAGGAGACUGGAGAGGAUUCCCUAUAUAGUGCACUAUAUGGGUUCUGCUCUCUAUGUAGGGAGCAGGCUGCCAUUCGGGACCCAGCUCUAUGUAGGGAGCAGGCUGCCAUUCAGGACCCAGCUCUAUGUAGGGAGCAGGCUGCCAUUCGGGACCCAGCCGUAAUCUUUUAGAUGUUGCUGUGUGUGUCUAGAUGCUGCAGAACCCAUCAGAGUUCAGCCUAUCAGUGAAGUCCCUCCUGGAGGCCCAGAAACAGAGUCUGGAGUCUGGCUCCAUCGCUAGUGGAGAACAUCUCUGCUUCAUGGGCUCGGGGAGGGAGGAGGAGGACAUGUACAUGAACAUGGUGCUGGCACACUUCCUACAGGUAGGAGAAGGAUUAGACGGUGAUUCAUCCUACAUACUGUUGGGCAUUAGUUACAUGCCUGUUAUUACAAUUCAACUUUUCUUAUUACAAUUCAACCAUUUUUAUUAACAAUUCAACCUUCUUUUAUAACAAUUCAACCAAUCUGUCGGUGCUAAUGAGGGGUUUUCUCUCACAGAAAAACAAAGAAUACAUCAGUAUCGCAAAAGGUGGUUUUAUGGGUAAGUGUUAUUAUUAACAUUUUUAACAAUUAAUAGAAGUACAUUUAUAUAAAUACUUACUUUGUUUUGAUGGGUGCAAACCUAAAUGAAACCAUGUCUAUCCUGUUGUGUUGUCCAGCUCUGCAGCAGCACCUAACAGACAUCAAUGUGGAGGGACCAGACAACUAUGUCCACUGGAUAGUCAGCACCUCUGGAUCAGCUGAAGUGAGUUCACUGGAGCAGGUCAUGGUAGCCACUGUCCAGGGAGAAGUGCACUGGAGCAGGUCAUGGUAGCCACUGUCCAGGGAGAAGUGCACUGGAGCAGGUCAUGGUAGCCACUGUCCAGGGAGAAGUGCACUGGAGCAGGUCAUGGUAGCCACUGUCCAGGGAGAAGUGCACUGGAGCAGGUCAUGGUAGCCACUAUCCAGGGAGAAGUGCACUGGAGCAGGUCAUGGUAGGCACUGUCCAGGGAGAAGUGCACUGGAGCAGGUCAUGGUAGCCACUGUCCAGGGAGAAGUGCACUGGAGCAGGUCAUGGUAGGCACUGUCCAGGGAGAAGUGCACUGGAGCAGGUCAUGGUAGCCACUAUCCAGGGAGAAGUGCACUGGAGCAGGUCAUGGUAGCCACUGUCCAGGGAGAAGUGCACUGGAGCAGGUAUGGUAGGCACUGUCCAGGGAGAAGUGCACUGGAGCAGGUCAUGGUAGCCACUGUCCAGGGAGAAGUGCACUGGAGCAGGUCAUGGUAGCCACUGUCCAGGGAGAAGUGCACUGGAGCAGGUCAUGGUAGCCACUGUCCAGGGAGAAGUGCACUGGAGCAGGUAAUGGUUAGGCCACUGUCCAGGGAGAAGUGCACUGGAGCAGGUCAUGGUAGCCACUGUCCAGGGAGAAGUGCACUGGAGCAGGUCAUGGUAGGCACUGUCCAGGGAGAAGUGCACUGGAGCAGGUCAUGGUAGGCACUGUCCAGGGAGAAGUGCACUGGAGCAGGUCAUGGUAGCCACUAUCCAGGGAGAAGUGCACUGGAGCAGGUCAUGGUAGCCACUGUCCAGGGGUAAGUGCACUGGAGCAGGUCAUGGUAGCCACUGUCCAGGGAGAAGUGCACUGGAGCAGGUCAUGGUAGCCACUGUCCAGGGAGAAGUGCACUGGAGCAUGUCCAGGGAGAAGUGCAUGAGCAGGUCUGGUAGCCACUGUCCAGGGAGAAGUGCACUGGAGCAGGUCAUGGUAGCCACUGUCCAGGGAGAAGUGCACUGGAGCAGGUCAUGGUAGGCACUGUCCAGGGAGAAGUGCACUGGAGCAGGUCAUGGUAGCCACUGUCCAGGGAGAAGUGCACUGGAGCAGGUCAUGGUAGCCACUGUCCAGGGAGAAGUGCACUGGAGCAGGUCAUGUUAGGCACUGUCCAGGGAGAAGUGCACUGGAGCAGGUCAUGGUAGCCACUGUCCAGGGAGAAGUGCACUGGAGCAGGUCAUUGGUAGGCCACUGUCCAGGGAGAAGUGCACUGGAGCAGGUCAUGGUAGCCACUAUCCAGGGAGAAGUGCACUGGAGCAGGUCAUGGUAGCCACUGUCCAGGGAGAAGUGCACUGGAGCAGGUCAUGGUAGCCACUGUCCAGGGAGAAGUGCACUGGAGCAGGUCAUGGUAGCCACUGUCCAGGGAGAAGUGCACUGGAGCAGGUCAUGGUAGCCACUGUCCAGGGAGAAGUGCACUGGAGCAGGUCAUGGUAGCCACUGUCCAGGGAGAAGUGCACUGGAGCAGGUCAUGGUAGCCACUGUCCAGGGAGAAGUGCACUGGAGCAGGUCAUGGUAGCCACUGUCCAGGGAGAAGUGCACUGGAGCAGGUCAUGGUAGCCACUGUCCAGGGAGAAGUGCACUGGAGCAGUCAUGGUAGCCACUGUCCAGGGAGAAGUGCACUGGAGCAGGUCAUGGUAGGCCACUGUCCAGGGAGAAGUGCACUGGAGCAGGUCAUGGUAGCCACUGUCCAGGGAGUAAGUGCACUGGAGCAGGUCAUGGUAGGCCACUGUCCAGGGAGAAGUGCACUGGAGCAGGUCAUGGUAGGCCAACUGUCCAGGGAGAAGUUGCACUGGAGCAGGUCAUGUUAGGCAGCUGUCCAGGGAGAAGUGCACUGGAGCAGGUCAUGGUAGCCACUGUCCAGGGAGAAGUGCACUGGAGCAGGUCAUUGGUAGGCCACUGUCCAGGGAGAAGUGCACUGGAGCAGGUCAUGGUAGCCACUGUCCAGGGAGAAGUGCACUGGAGCAGGUCAUGGUAGCCACUGUCCAGGGAGAAGUGCACUGGAGCAGGUCAUGGUAGCCACUGUCCAGGGAGAAGUGCACUGGAGCAGGUCAUGGUAGCCACUGUCCAGGGAGAAGUGCACUGGAGCAGGUCAUGGUAGCCACUGUCCAGGGAGAAGUGCACUGGAGCAGUUCUGUCCCCUGUACUCACCUCAUUCCCUUUCUGAGGAGAUUCUGUUAGUCAGACUUCAUAUCAUUCUCUCUAUGAGAAAGACUGAGUUAAAGCCCAAUGGACAAUGUAGGAACCUACAAACAUGAUUAGUACAUGUGUGAAGGGAUUUAGGGCCAUUUAUAAUGACAUUUCCAUUCCCAGAUGAAUCUUGUUGAUACGUUCCUACAUUCACAGCUUCAACUCUGUCUUUUCUCCUGUCCUCUAUCUUGUUAUUCAUUAUCUCUCUCUCUCAAUUCAGUUAAACUGAACAAACAUAUAAAUGCAACAAUUUCAAAGAUUUUACUGAGUUACAGUUCAUGUGAGGAAAUCAGUCAUUUGAAAUAAAUUCAUUAGGCCCUCAUCCAUGGAUUUCACGACUGGAAAUACAGAUAUGCGUCUAUUAUUCACAGAUAACAUUUUUUUUAAAUGGGCCUCACAAUGGGCCUCAGGAUCUCGUCACGGUAUCUCUGUGCAUUCAAAUUGCCAUCGAUAAAAUGCAAUUGUGUUUGUUGUCCAUAGCUUAUACCUGCCCAUAUCAUAACCCCACCGCCACCAUGGGGGCACUCUGUUCACAACAUUGACAUCAGCAAACCGCUCGCCCACAUGACGCCAUUCACAUGGUCUGUGGUUGUGAGGCCGGUUGGACGUACUGCCAAAUUCUCUAAAACGACGUUGGAGACGGCUUAUGGUAGAGAAAUUAACAUUCAAUUCUCUGGCAACAGCUCUGGUGGACAUUCCUGCAGUCAGCAUGCCAAUUGCACGCUCCCUCAAAACUUUAGACAUCUGUGGCAUUGUGUUGUGCUACAAAACUGCACAUUUUAGAGUGGCCUUUUAUUGUCCCCAGCACAAGGUGCAUCUGUGUAAUGAUCAUGCUGUUUAAUCAGCUUCUUGAUAUGCCACACCUGUCAGGUGGAUGGAUUAUCUUGGCAAAGGAGAAAUGCUCACUAACAGGGAUGUAAACAAAUUUGUGCGCACAUUUGGGAUCGUUUAUUUCAGCUCAUGAAACAUGGGACCAACACUUUACAUGUUGCGUUUAUAUUUUUGUUCAGUGUAGUAUGCAGUUUGUUCGGCUUUGAUGCCUCAUGAUUGAGUAUUGCUCUGUUCAAGUAGGCUGUGAUUUUGCUGUCAUCUGAUAGGGGUGUCAGUGGGCUGACUGUGAACGCUCUGAGAGACUCUGGGUUGAGGUCAGUGAUAAAGUAGUCUACAGUACUACUGCCAAGAGAUGAGCUAUAGGUGUACCUACCAUAGGAGUCCCCUCGAAGCCUACCAUUGACUAUGUACAGACCCAGCAUGCGUCAGAGCUGCAGGACCUGUUUUUGUUGGUUGUUUUGUCAUAGUUGUGCCUAGGGGGGCAUAUGGGGGAGGGAAUGCUGUCACCUCCAGGUAGGUGUUUGUCCCCCUGUGUGCUGAGGGUGUCAGGUUCUUGUCCAGUUCUGGCAUUUAGGUCGCCACAGACUAGUACAUGUCCCUGGGUCUGGAAAUUAUUGAUUUUCCCCUCCAGGAUGGAGAAGCUGUCUUCAUUAAAGUAUGGGGAUUCUAGUGGGUGGAUAUAGGUAACACACAGGAGGACAUUUUUCUCUGUUGAGAUCAUUUCCUUAUUUAUUUCUAGCCAAAUGUAAAAUGUUCCUGUUUUGAUUAAUUUAAUAGAGUGAGUUAGGUCUGCUUUAUACCAAAUGAGCAUACCCCCUGAUAUUCCAGGAUGAAAUAGUGAAGGCUUUGUGUUCCAUAAAGUGUCUAAUGUUGUUGGUCGUGUGGUUUGGCCUCAGGCCAGUAAGUGUGAGCAGAGCCUGCUGAGCAUCUGGUACAUGCCAUUGGCUUGGGCUAGUGUAAGAGUGGGGGUUGGGCCUGUUUGCCUGCUCACGGCCUGGGCAUAUGUGUGACUUUCAUGUUGAGGCCCUCUUUGCGGGGGUGGGGGGCAUGGGGUGGGUAGGAGGGGCAUAGGUCUGAUCUGGGGGGGCCUAUAUGGAGUGUGGGCAUGAUUGGUUUGUGGGGGUAUUGAUUGGUUGGGGUGGGGGUGUGGAUGUGGCUGGUGGUGCUGUGGUCUGAAUGUAGGUCCUCUCGGCGGGGGUCCUCUAUGUGUAGGUCCGGGUGGGGUCCCGCAGGUCUGGGAGAAUGUCUCGCUGGUCUGGGUGGGGUGUCUGUUGAUCUGUUGCUUCUGUGUGAGGUGUUGGGUCUGUGGUUGAGGGCGAUAUCCUUUAGGGUCCGGGUGAAGGUGGGCACUGCUGCCUUGUAUAGGUGGACCUGGUCCUAAAGGCUGUUCACGUCCAGGGUGGAGUGGUGGGCCAGGUAGACAUUUGGUUUUGAGGCACAGUCACGGGAAAUACAGCGUCUACUCGCUGUAUGGUUCCAGGGUGGAAAGCACUCUGAUCCUCUCCUCCAGUACUCUGAUCCUCUCCUCCAGCACUCUGAUCCUCUCCUCCAGCACUCUGAUCCUCUCCUCCAGCACUCUGAUCCUCUCCUCCAGCACUCUGAUCCUCUCCUCCAGCACUCUGAUCCUCUCCUCCAGUACUCUGAUCCUCUCCUCCAGCACUCUGAUCCUCUCCUCUAGUGCUCUGUUCUUCCCCUGCUCUUUCUCCUGUUGGUGUUGUGGGGUGGGGGAGUCUUCCUCUUUCUCCUGUUGAUGUUGUGGGGUGGGGGAGUCUUCCUCUUUCUCCUGUUGGUGUUGUGGGGUGGGGGAGUCUUCCUCUUUCUCCUGUUGGUGUUGUGGGGUGGGGGAGUCUUCCUCUUUCUCCUGUUGGUGUUGUGGGGUGGGGGAGUCUUCCUCUUUCUCCUGUUGGUGUUGUGGGGUGGGGGAGUCUUCCUCUUUCUCCUGUUGGUGUUGUGGGGUGGGGGAGUCUUCUCUUUCUCCUGUUGGUGUUGUGGGGUGGGGGAGUCUUCCUCUUUCUCCUGUUGGUGUUGUGGGGUGGGGGAGUCUUCCUCUUUCUCCUGUUGGUGUUGUGGGGUGGGGGAGUCUUCCUCUUUCUCCUGUUGGUGUUGUGGGGUGGGGGAGUCUUCCUCUUUCUCCUGUUUGGUGUUGUGGGGUGGGGGAGUCUUCCUCUUUCUCCUGUUGGUGUUGUGGGGGUGGGGGAGUCUUCCUCUUUCUCCUGUUGGUGUUGUGGGGUGGGGGGAGUCUUCCUCUUUCUCUGUUGGUGUUGUGGGGUGGGGGAGUCUUCCUCUUUCUCUGUUGGUGUUGUGGGGUGGGGAGUCUUCCUCUUUCUCCUGUUGGUGUUGUGGGGUGGGGGAGUCUUCCUCUUUCUCCUGUUGGUGUUGUGGGGUGGGGGAGUCUUCCUCUUUCUCCUGUUGAUGUUGUGGGGUGGGGGAGUCUUCCUCAAGAAAGAGCUUCUCCUGCUGCUCUCCGUCUUUGAUUCUAUGAAAGUCCAGCUGAAACUGUUUGGGGAUGCCCUGUACCAAUACCACACUCUCCUGCCAUUGUUGGGCUCAAGGGCUCAGUGCUAAUUGAAGUUGCAGCCGGAUCUGUUCUGUCCUAGCAAGCUUGGUAGCCUUAACUUAGCAUUCAGUCCUUAUAAAGUAAAAUAGAUUAUUGUAAUGUAUUUUUCUUCUUGGCUUUAAAAGUAGCUUCAGACUAAACAUUACUCACUCAGUUCCAGGUUGGAUGGUGUUUUCAGACUAAACAUUACUCACCCUGUUCCAGGUUGGAUGGUGUUUUCAGACUAAACAUUACUCACCCUGUUCCAGGUUGGAUGGUGUUUUCAGACUAAACAUUACUCACCCAGUUCCAGGUUGGAUGGUGUUUUCAGACUAAACAUGACUCACCCAGUUCCAGGUUGGAAGGUGUUUUCAGACUAAACAUGACUCACUCAGGUGUUUUCAGGUGUCUGUUGUGCUUCUGUUGAUGGUCGUUGGUUUGCCAGAGCAUUUGCUGUAUAGUCCUUAGGAAUAAGAAUCUUUGGUAGUAGAAAUCCUUCCAGGUAAUUUUGUCCAAGAUCAGGUUGUAGGUUUGGAGUUUUGAUUUGGAGUGAAGGUUAUGUUGUGGAGAGUAGUAUCCUGUAAAUGUCCUUGUGGAAAAAUCAAAGUUUAUCUUACUCUAAAUCUAUCUUUUUGUAAGUCGCUCUGGAUAAGAGCGUCUGCUAAAUGACGAAAAUGUAAAUGUAAAAAUUCAAGAGCUCAUCUGCUAAUGAUCUCCUCUUCUCUUCUCUUCUCUCUCCUCCUCUCCUUCUCUCUCCUUCUCUCUCCUUUCUUUCUUCUUUCUUUCUUUCUUUCUUUCCCCCACACACAGGGAGAGUCAUUGAGCACCACAGGGGAUAAAGGAGUCAAGUCUCUGGUCAACAAGAUGACCUUUGCCCUCAAGUCCAAGUCUGUCAUAGCGAAGGAGAAGAUGAUAAGCUUCAUGGAGAACACCGCUACACCUGUGGAC